AUGCUGUCAAGGAAGCCGUCCAUCUGGUUGUUCUCGUCAUGUGCUAAUCUGACUCCAUUGACAUGCGGUCAUCCGCUGCAGCAGAAGACUUCGCACGCGCGGAAGUCAUGCCGUCAUACAUUCCGCCGCCACUACGCACAACAACACCACGACGGCAACCACGACCAGCAGCAUCGCCAGCACCAGCACAACAGCGGCAGUCAUGACCCUGAGCAAGAGUUAUUACGCUGGCCUGAAGCCCAGAAGCCGCACAAGACCCCUACGCCCUAUCAGAUCUUACGUUGCCGGCGCGGUGACGCCUACACCAAGCACCGCUUCUAUGCCCUCGUCAAACUAUAUCACCCAGACGCCUGUCAUGCUUCACCCGCCAUAGCGCAGCUACCACUCCACGUGCGACUCGAGCGCUAUCGAAUGCUAGUUACGGCCCACGACAUCCUCUCCGACAUUGAGAAGCGCAAAGCAUACGACAUCUGGGGCCAUGGCUGGGCGGGCCACCACAACACGCCCGCUGCUGCCCAGCAUAACGACUGGGACUAUGAUCCGCGCCGUUGGACGACGGACCCCCGCAGCAAUGCAACCUGGGAGGACUGGGAGCGCUGGCAUUACGAGAAUGACGGCGGCAAUCACGCUGCUGACGACGACCGCACUGUCCAAAUGUCAAACUUCACCUUCAUGGCCCUCAUCUUUGCUUUCAUCAGCAUUGGCGGCGUCGUACAGGGCACCCGCUUCUCCACUUUCAACAACUCGGCCAUUGAGCGCCGCGACCAGAUACACCGUGAGGCGAGUAUGGAGUACCGCCGCAGUAAGAACGCCACCCUCAGCGCCAGCGGGGACCGGGACGAGCGGAUACGCACGUUUCUCGAGCAUAGAGAUUCGACCAUCAUGGGCGAGCAAUGCUACCAGCGCUUACUCCCGCCCGCGGAUGCCUGCUCGCCAGAACAGGUAAGGAGGCAGUAG